AUGUUUUUGAAAUAUCUUUCUUUCUUUCUUUUCUUCUUUCUUUCUUUUUUCUUCCUUUCUUUUCAUUGUCUUUCUUUCUUUAUUUCUGUCAUUCAUUUUCUUUCUUCAUUUCCAUUUUCUUUCUUUCAUUCCUUCUUUCUUUCUUUAUUUCUCUCGUUCUUUCCAUUGUCUGUCUUUCUUUAUUUCUGUCUUUCAUUUUCUUUAUUUCAUCUACUUUCUAUUUUCUUUUCUUUCUUUCUUUCUUUCAUUUUCUUUCUUUCUAUUUUCUUUCUUUCUUUCUUUAUUUCUGUCUUUCAUUUUCUUUCUUUCAUCUUUCUUCCUAUUUUCUUUCUUUCAUCUUUCUUUCUCUUUUCUUUCUUUCCAUUUUCUUUCUUUUUUUUUUCUUUCUUUCUCUCUUUCCAUUGUCUUUCUUUCUUUAUUUCUGUCUUUCAUUUUCUUUCUUUCAUCUUUCUUUCUAUUUUCUUUCUUUCUUUCAUCUUUCUUUCUAAUUUCUUUCUUCAUUUCCUUUUUCUGUCAUUCCUUCUUUCUUUCUUUCUUUAUUUCUGUCUUUCUUUAUUUCUGUCUUUCAUUUUCUUUCUUUCAUCUUUCUUUCUAUUUUCUUUCUUCCUUACAUCUUUCUUUCUCUUUUUUCAUUUCCAUCUUCUUUCAUUCCUUCUUUCUUUCUUUCUUUCUUUCUUUCUUUUUUCUUUCUUCUUAUUAUAUAUGCUUUCUUUUUCUCAUUUUCUUUCUUUCCGUUUUCUUUCUGUGUCUUUUUCUAUCCAUUGUCUUUCUUCAUUUAUUUUUCAUUUUUUUCUUUCAUCUUCCUUUCUAUUUUUCUUUCUUCCUUUCCAUUUUCUUCUUUUCCAUUUUCUUUCUUUCUUCUCAUUAUUUUGUCUAUCUAUCUAUCUAUCUAUCUAUCUAUCUAUCUAUCUAUUAGCCUGUUUAUUAUCUAUCUAUCAUAUCUAUCUAUCUAUCUAUCUCAGCCUGUUUAUCUAUCAUAUCUAUCUAUCAACCUGUUCGUUAUCUAUCUAUCUAUCUAUCAGCCUGUUCAUUAUCUAUCUAUCUAUCUAUCAGCCUGUUCAUUAUCUAUCUAUCUAUCUAUCUAUCUAUCAGUCUGUUCGUUAUCUAUCUAUCAGCCUCCUGUUCAUUAUUAAUCUAUCUAUCUAUCCAUCGUUAUCUAUCAACCUGUUCGUUAUCUAUCAUCUAUCUAUCUAUCUAUCUAUCUAUCUAUCUAUCUAUCAACCUGUUCGUUAUCUAUCAUUUUAUUUAUCUAUCUAUCUAUCUAUCUAUCUAUCUAAUAUCUAUCUAUCUAUCUAUCUAUCAUACCAGGGAUAG